GCAUGAGGAACUUAAUUACAGGCAAGGGAUGCGCGCUGUUUGCCGUCGCCGUGUGCGCUGCGCUGGCGGUCAGCCUCCACUCGCCCAGGGCUGCUCGGCGGCCGCGGCCCUCGCAGAUGGUUGGUGUCCCUGCACCCCCUGGCUCGAUCAACGCGUCCGCCGGGUCAGCAGCGGAAAAUUCAAGCGUCCCGACUGCGGCGCUGCACCAGCUGUUCCGCGAGCGGCGAAAACACCUGUUGGACAGAUGCCGACACCUGAACGUCACUGAUAAAUUCCACACAACGGCCUGGAAGGACUAUUUGACCAUGCAGGCUCCCGGCCCACUCCUGACGUGCGUGCCGCCCAAGGUAGGUUCGACCUCCUGGCACGCGCUCAACAGACGGCUGAGCCGAGGCCACGCCCCUGACCCCCGGCCGGCCUCCGCCAUCCUGGUCAGACAUCCGCUGUCCCGGCUGGCCUCCGCGUACAGAGACAAAUUCCUGGGCGGCGAGCCAAUCGGUCUGUACGACGGGGCCUGGAUACUGCGCACGGAGAGCAGAACGGCCUGGGUGGACAGAUGGCACUUGUACUGGCUUCCCACGCUCAUUUCCUCGGGCCAGGUGACGCCGACGAAGGAGUUCCUGGAGCUGGUGCGUCGGGAUGUGGAGGCCUUCGAGUUCGCCAGUGAGAACUACGUGAUUGAGAACAAUCGUGUUGUGAUCACGAGGAAGCACAGUUUUGCCGAGGACGAUAUUUCUGUAGGGAUGAAUAUGGUUUCGAAGGGGAGGCAGUAUGGUCUGGUCGAUGCCAUAGUGGCCACUUAUGGCUACAUGAACAAAACCUUGGUCGCCAAGUAUGGUAAUUCCUCUUUUACAUUUUUGGAAUUUCUGGAAUUCAUAGUUUGGUCGAGAGAUCACGGCGUUCUUGACCUACAUUGGUCGCCGUAUACAGAAUUAUGUGACCCGUGUAAGACAGACUACCAAUACAUUCUUCAUUUGGAAACGAUCGCGGAAGAGGCGAGGGUCCUUCUGAAGGACACCGGAUACCAGGAGGAAUUUCAGAUUGACACGAAACAUAGAACCAAAGGAUUCGUUCACACUGUCCACCCGGAUGACCUUCACUACUACAAGGACGUGCCCAAAAGUCUUCUGAAAGAAAUAUUACUCAUUUUUGAAUUCGAUUUCGACGUUUUCGGUUACAACGCAAAUGCUGUGGAGGAUUUUGAUUAAGGCGCACGUGUCUA